GAACCAAAGGAUGGAGCUAGUGAUUUCCUAGGACAACGUACCUGAUGUAAACAUCCGGAGUCUCCGACAUGGCGAGCAGGAGAGGUAAUGCGAAGACCAGGGAGCAGUCUGACAAAUAUUCUGUUCUGCUGCCAACCUACAACGAGAGGGACAAUCUCCCAUUGAUUGUGUGGUUGCUGGUGAAGUACUUUGGCGAGAGUGGAUACAACUACGAGAUCAUAGUGAUUGAUGAUGGCAGUCCAGACGGGACGCUGCAGAUCGCCGAGCAGCUGCAGAAGAUCUACGGCGCUGACAAGAUUGAACGGCUUACAUCCACGGCAUUAAACACGCGUCAGGAAACUUCAUUAUCAUUAUGGAUGCAGAUCUCUCUCAUCAUCCUAAGUUUAUCCCACAGUUCAUUGACCACUUUCAUGGAUUAUUUCUAUUUGUUCAGAAAACAGAAAGAGGGUGGAUAUGACCUGGUCUCUGGCACAAGGUACAGAGGAGAUGGAGGUGUUUAUGGAUGGGAUCUGCGCCGGAAACUUAUCAGUCGAGGUGCAAACUUUAUCACACAAGUGCUGCUCAGACCAGGAGCAUCUGAUCUCACGGGGAGUUUUAGGCUCUAUAAGACAGAGGUUCUUAAAAAACUAGUAGAGCAAUGUGUGUCAAAAGGCUAUGUGUUCCAGAUGGAGAUGAUUGUCCGUGCUAGACAACUGGGCUACACUGUUGGAGAGGUUCCUAUAUCAUUUGUGGACCGUGUUUAUGGGGAGUCAAAAUUGGGUGGAAAUGAAAUUGUCUCCUUCCUGAAAGGAUUGCUCACUCUUUUUGUUACUACAUGACCUUUGACCUCAUUUGGUUAUGUUUAGUUUUGUGAUAUAUGUUUAGAACUCAACACUGCAGUGGAACUGAAAUUCAAGCUUUACAAGUAACAAGUUCAUUAUGAUGAGUUAUUUGUCCCAUAUCAAACUACAGUAUAGUAGUGUUUGCUUGGAUUUACCACUUUCCAUGUUCCAAUUAGUUUGGUUAAUUGACUAUAUUUUGAAAUGUACAUUAAAAUGAAACAAAUGGAAAUGCCAAAUGUCUGAAAAAAAAUUGCAAAAAUGUUUUAAUGCUCACUUGAGGUGGUUUUUGACUUGUUGUAAGAGUCAUGUUAAUGUGAAUCAUUGGAGAUGGAAACACAUUUGCCAAAUAAAUUCUGACAUAGCAAACAUUAAA